GUACUGACAAUUUGAAUGACGGUUCAGCCGAGAGUUGAAAUUUUUAGGCUUUGAUGCUAAUUCACGAACAAACAUUGAUGUAUAAUUUUUUCUCUUGGUUUCUGUUUUGACCAGACAUAUUCACGAAGGUGAGAGUAGAAGUAGAAGAAACCAACCCUAAAAUCUCGUUGUCAUCCUCAUCCCACUCGCAUCUUCAAUUUACUUGCGGAGCUACUGCGGCGUUGAUUGAAGGUGAAAGCUUAAAUGUUCUGAUGGCGAAAUCGAUUCCGUCUGCAUUUUCACCUCUAGUUUCACGAUCAGGAACUCAUAAAAGGACUGCAGGUGAGGAGCAAUGGUUCGGCAAGUUUUCACAAAAGACAAAGCUGAUACAUUUGAAAUUCCCUUCUGGCUAUGGAGUGAGAGCAAGGGCAAUUUCUUCCACAGCUGAUGUUAGAGCAGUGGAAAUUCCUCGUCAAUGGUAUAAUCUUGUUGCAGACCUCCCAAUUAAACCUCCGCCAGCUUUGCAUCCAAAGACUCUUCAGCCAAUUAAACAUGAGGAUCUGUCUCCUUUGUUCCCUGAUGAAUUGAUCAUGCAAGAAGUAAGUAAUGACCAGUUCAUCGACAUCCCACCUGAAGUUAUUGACAUUUACCGGCUUUGGCGCCCAACCCCAUUGAUAAGGGCUAAGAGAUUGGAAAAGCUUCUUGAUACACCUGCCAAGAUCUACUACAAAUAUGAAGGUGUUAGCCCAGCUGGAUCACAUAAGCCCAAUACUGCAGUUCCACAGGUCUGGUAUAAUGCUCAGCAAGGCAUCAAGAAUGUUGCAACAGAAACUGGUGCUGGACAAUGGGGAAGUUCAUUGGCCUUUGCAUGCAGCCUAUUUGGUCUUAAUUGUGAAGUGUGGCAAGUUCGUGCUUCUUAUGAUCAGAAACCUUAUCGUAAAUUAAUGAUGCAAACCUGGGGUGCCAAGGUUCACCCUUCUCCAUCUAGUAUAACUGAAGCUGGCAGAAAAAUCUUACAGAUGGACCCAUCUAGCCCUGGUAGUUUAGGAAUAGCUAUUUCAGAGGCUGUUGAGGUUGCAGUUACAAAUGCUGAUACCAAGUAUUGUCUGGGGAGUGUUCUGAAUCAUGUCCUACUACACCAGACUGUCAUUGGUGAGGAAUGUAUAAAGCAGAUGGAAGCAAUAGGAGAGACACCAGAUGUGAUCAUUGGCUGUACAGGUGGAGGAUCCAAUUUUGCAGGACUUGCAUUUCCUUUUAUUCGGGAGAAGCUCAAUGGGAAAAUUAACCCUGUUAUAAGGGCAGUUGAGCCUGCAGCAUGCCCUUCGCUAACAAAAGGUGUCUACACAUAUGACUAUGGAGAUACAGCUGGGAUGACACCAUUAAUGAAGAUGCAUACUCUUGGACAUGACUUCAUUCCGGACCCCAUUCAUGCUGGAGGCUUGCGUUACCAUGGUAUGGCACCACUUAUCUCACAUGUCUAUGAACUAGGCUUCAUGGAAGCACUAUCUAUUCCUCAGACUGAAUGCUUUGAAGGAGCCAUAAAAUUUGCUCGGUCAGAAGGUCUGAUACCAGCACCAGAACCAACUCAUGCUAUAGCUGCCACCAUCAGGGAAGCUUGCCACUGUAGAGAGACUGGAGAAGAAAAAGUUAUUCUCAUGGCUAUGUGUGGCCAUGGUCACUUUGAUCUGCCAGCUUAUGAGAAGUAUUUGCAAGGAAAAAUGGUCGAUUUGUCAUUUGAAGAUGAAAAGAUGCAUGCAUCGCUGGCCAAAGUUCCUCAAAUUGCCUAAACUGAAGCCUCAUGACUUGGGAUGGGAACUGGUAUCAUCAUCAUCAUCCAAGACUUACCCCAGAAGAUCCUCUUUUACUACUUCAUUUAUGUCCUUUUUUGAGUGGGAACUAGUAUAGAUGUAAUAAUCUUCUACUGUGGAGCAACAGAUAGGAGAGAUCUGUCCUAAGAGGCAGGGUAACAUAAAUGUUACCUUAUGUUGUUGUUGUUGAUGUUUUAGCAACCACCCACUGUAAAUCUCUCAGGAAACUCUUAGCACCUUCCCUCCCCCUUCAAUGAUAGGUAGUCAUUUCAAGGCUCAGUGGCUGACUGCUGAGAGCCCGAGAGUAGCAGUGACGGGAUUCAAGAAGUUGGUGGAUAUGUGGGGGCGGCAAGAGCUGCAGUUAAGGGAACAAAUAACAUGAAAAACAUAGUGCAUCUGCUCUAACCAUCAUAUCAUUUUUCUUGUCCAACCAUAUACGAACAUUAUUUUUUUUUUUUUUGUAGUGAGAAUUUAAUUUGCAUUAAUACAAAUGGAUGGGAGUACAAGCGUGAAAAUUACAAUGUUUA